GGCAAAGCCACCUCGCUCGGUCGACUUCAGUCUGAGGCUGUCGAUCGCCGGGGACGGACUUGAAAGCGCAUCGGCUCGAGAACCAACAGCGUGCCCCUUAAUCCGUACCGUACCGCGCCGUAGUUUUUUGUUUUUUUGCAGUUUGAAAGCUAAAUGUUUUGAUUGCCGCGCCACGGAUGAGAACCGGCCCCCACAAUGACGGAUAAAGACAAUGAAAUUCAGCCAGCUGCCGAGCCCGUCGCUCAGGCGGAGGUCGCUCCCACGGCAGCUGUGAUCCCGGACCCCCAGCCCGGACCCAGUGAAGACCCAACUCCCGUGCCAGAUGCCGCACCCGAUGCCGCACCUGUUGUCCCAGAGCCCCAGGCUCCAGUGGCGGAGCCAAUGCCUGAGGCCCCGGCCGUCGAGGAGCCGGCCAACGGCAAGGCGGACAGGAAGCUGCCCGAGAUCGCCGCGCAGCCGGAGCAGAAUGGCAAGGACGCGAAGCCCGAUCCCGAUGCGAACGGAAAGGAACUGGUGCAGCCGAGCGACUUCAAGAACGUGUCCGAGGCGGAGGGGCAGCAGAAGAAACUGCCGUACCCCAAGUCCGUGUUCUUCAUCAUCAGUAACGAGUUCUGCGAGCGCUUCAACUACUACGGAAUGAGAACUGUCCUGGUCCUGUACCUGAGCCACGCCCUGAACUACUCCGACGACAACGCCACCGUCACCUUCCACAUCUUCACCAUGUUCGUUUACUUCCUGUGCGUCUUCGGCGCCAUCAUCUCCGACUCCUGGCUGGGCAAGUUCAAGACGAUCCUGUACCUCUCGCUGGUCUACAUCUGCGGCUCGGUGCUGCUCACCCUGGGCGCCAUCGGACCCCUCAACCUGCCCAUGGAGACGUUCACCAUGCUGGGCCUGGCCCUGAUCGCGCUCGGCUCCGGCGGCAUAAAGCCGUGCGUGGCGGCCUUCGGCGGGGAUCAGUUCAAGGUGCCGGAGCAGGUCAAGCAGAUCACCUCGUUCUUCUCGCUCUUCUACUUCGCCAUCAACUCCGGGUCGCUGAUUUCCACCACGGUGACCCCGAUCCUGCGCGAGGACGUCUCCUGCUUCGACGAUAUCAACUGCUAUCCGCUGGCCUUCGGCGUGCCCGCCGUGCUGAUGGUCAUCUCCGUGGUGAUCUUCGUGCUGGGCCGCUCCAUGUACAAGAUGAAGCCGCCGGCCGGCAACAUGGUCGUCCUGGUGAGCAGCGCCAUCUGGACCGCCCUGACCACCAAGUGCAAGGAGAAGAAGACCAAUCCCCGCCAGCACUGGCUGGACUACGCGGACGUCAAGUACGACCGCCAGCUGAUCGAGGACGUCAAGGUGCUGAUGCGGGUGCUCUUCCUCUACCUGCCCCUGCCCGUGUUCUGGGCACUGUUCGACCAGCAGGGCUCCCGCUGGACCUUCCAGGCCACCCGGAUGGACGGCGACAUGGGCUCCUGGAACAUCAAGCCCGACCAGCUGCAAGUGCUCAACCCCCUGCUCAUUCUGCUCUUCAUCCCGCUGUACGACGUGGCCUUCUACCCCGCCCUCCGCCUGGUCGGCAUCCGGCGGCCGCUGCAGAAGCUCACCAUGGGCGGCAUCCUGGCCGGCAUCGCCUUCAUCAUCUCCGGCGUGGUGGAGCUCAACCUGGAGAAAACCUAUCCCGACCUGCCCUACAGCCAGAACGCCCAGCUGCGCGUCUUCAACAGCCAGCCCUGCGACUACACCUUCACCUCCAAUAUGGAGGGGGCGCAGAGCUUCCUGGUGCCCGCCAGGGACGUCUACACCAACAAGGACCUCUCCGUGGGCGACUCCUUCGCCCUCUCCUACACGCUGACGACCACGGAUGCUAACUGCAAUUCCUACCCCCAACAGUCCCACCAGCUCACCCAGGAGACCGCCUGGUCGCUCUUCCUCAACCCGCAGAACACCACCAGCAAUCCCUUCUGGCUGCCGGACUUUGUGGACAAGCCCAGCCAGAGCUAUCCGCUGGUCCGGAUACUGGCCAACGUUCCGUUCACCCACAAGGUCACGUUGCUCAGCAACAAGGGCGAGGUGGCCUACGAGGAGCUGGCCAGGGAGAUGCUGCUCACGCGGGUGAACACCGGCAACUACGAUGUCAUUGUGGACGAGACAAUCGUGACCUCCUUGCACUUCAGCACCGGCGGAGUGUACACGCUCAUGCUGUGGGAGGACAAUGUGGACAAAAGGUUCGACUUCAAGCUGCUGGAGAUCACCGAGCCCAACUCGAUGAGCAUCCUGUGGCUGAUCCCCCAGUACGUGGUGAUGACGCUCGGCGAGGUGAUGUUCUCGGUCACCGGGCUGGAGUUCUCCUACGCCCAGGCGCCGCCCAGCAUGAAGAGUGUCCUGCAGGCCUGCUGGCUCCUGACGGUGGCCUUCGGCAACGUCAUCGUGGUCAUCAUCGCGGAGGCGGCGCUCUUCGACUCCCAGGCGGACGAGUUCUUCCUCUUCGCCGGGCUCAUGUUCGUCGACAUGCUGAUCUUCAUGUUCAUGGCCUACCGCUACCAGCCCAACAACCCCGUCAAGGACGAGGACGAGACGCUGCCCCUGACGGGAUCGGCGGAGCCGUCGGCGCCACCCGCCGCCCUCGACGGCGGCGUCGAGAACAAGGGCAAGGAGAUCAGCAAGGACGAGUAGUCCGAGUGGCGCCCCGCGCUCUGUAUUAUAUGUAUUUGUAUUGUAUUUCUACCGUAGACGUGUGUGUGUGCGUAGUCCUAGUGGUCUCUGUCCCAUCCUGGCCAGCCCCGCGCUCCAGGCCCUUGUUGCACCUGACCAGACCUCCACCAAAUGUUAACCAAUAAAAGAAACCUACCGAUAUA